AGGGAGCAGUUGAAUACUCCUUUUUCGUUUUUCUGAAAUAAUCACAGCAGUGGGUUAAUAUCAAAGGAUAUAAUUAGUAUAUGGAGAAGUUGAGAGUUCUGGGUCACUUGUUUGUGACGAUUUUUCUUUACUUCUUCGGAAGCUCCACUGUGGCUCCUGCCAUUACAGAUGUGACUAUGACGGCUCUUUGCCCUGGUCGUGAUGAGUGUUCUUUUGCCAUUUAUCUCACUGGGUUUCAACAAGCGAUCACAGGACUGGGAAUGGUGGUGAUGACCCCAGUGAUAGGGAAUCUUUCCGACAAGUACGGCAGAAAAUCCCUCCUCACACUUCCAUUGACACUCAACAUUAUUCCACUAGUAAUACUGGCGUAUAACAGGACAACCAAUUUCUUUUACGCAUAUUAUGUCAUGAAGACUUUAACGGCAAUGGUAUGCGAGGGCAGUACCAACUGUCUGGCCCUUGCAUAUGUGGCUGACCACAUAUCGGAUCAAGGGCGAGCAUCAGCAUUUGGAAUUAUGUCUGGUGUUGUUUCAGCAGCUUUUGUUUGUGGAACUUUAGCAUCUCGUUUCCUCCCCACUGCUUCAACAUUUCAGGUUGCUGCAUUGGCAUCCAUGACUGCAGCCGUAUAUAUGAGAGUUUUCCUGGAGGAAAGCUUGCCACAUGAGGAUAGUCUGAGGCAGCCUAUUUUGAAAGGUGGACCGGAUAUCGAAAAGAAUGGCGAGGCCCCAAAAAGGACACAGGUUUCUAAGACGUUUCCGACGAUGAAGGACUUAAUUAGCUUGCUCAAGAGCAGUAAAACAUUUUCAGAAGCAGCAACUGUUUCCUUCUUCAAUAGUCUUGCGGAGGGCGGGUUCCAAGCUUCGUUAAUGUAUUUCUUAAAGGCUCGUUUUCAUUUCAACAAAGACCAGUUUGCUGAUCUUAUGCUAAUUCUUGGGGUUGCAGGAGCCAUUUCACAGCUGCUUUUCCUGCCCCUGCUUGCUCCCAUUGUUGGAGAGACAAAGUUGCUCUGUAUAGGGCUUUUCGUAGGAUGUAUAAAUACGUUUGUUUACAGCAUAUCAUGGUCAGCUUGGGUAGUUUAUGCCGCCUCAAUUUUUUCCGUUUUUUCUGUUUUUGCAUACCCAACAGUACGUAGCAUUGCAUCAAAACAAGUGGGGUCCGAUGAGCAGGGGAAGGCUCAAGGAUGUCUUUCAGGGAUAAGUUCUUUAGCUAGCAUUAUUUCUCCAUUUAUUUUCAGUCCUCUAACAGCUUUGUUCUUAUCAGAAAGAGCACCGUUUUAUUUCCCUGGUUUCAGUAUCAUGUGCAUUGGCCUUGCCAUGACGAUUGCCUUCAUCCAAGGUACUAUGAUUAAAACCGUCCCUCCUUUAUCAAGUCAGACAACCAACAACAACAGCAGCAGCAGCAGCAGCAGCAGCAGCGUGGAAGAUCAGUGAUGAGGAAAUGAAGUAUCUAUAUCGAGCCUAGAAUUUG